GCAUCUCCGUACAUAAAACUGAGAUCUGAAACAGAAGGAUGGCCUCAUGCUUAAGGAAGUGAGACUGAGCUUCGAGAUUGAGAUUCUCCGACUCUCAAAUUCCCAUCUUUUACGACCAUGGCAACUCCCAAAUCCCUAAAGUCUAAACACAGAACGAGAUCCCCAUUUCGUCUCCUAAUUUUGGGGUUCAUUACCGCCACUGCAUUGCUGUUCCUGUUGUCCUCCUUGAAUUCCACGGCUCCGUUCUCCUUCAUCUCUUCCAGAACCCAUUUGAAAGGGAAACCGAGGGAGCACUCUCUCCAUGACAAGUAUUUGUACUGGGGUAACCGAAUCGAUUGCCCCGGCAAGCAUUGUGAUUCAUGCGAAGGUUUGGGUCAUCAAGAAUCUAGCCUUAGGUGUGCUCUUGAAGAAGCCAUCUUCUUAAACAGAACUUUCGUCAUGCCUUCUAGAAUGUGUAUCAAUCCAAUUCACAAUGACAAGGGAAUCCUCAAUAAGGUUGACAACGUAACUGCAGAGGAAAGGUGGGCUACAGCCUUUUGUGCCAUGGAUUCUUUAUAUGAUAUUGACAUGAUAUCUGAAACUGUACCUGUAAUCUUAGACAAUACAGAUGCAUGGCAUCUGAUUCUUUCAACAAGUAUGAAAUUGGGAGCUAGAGGGGUUGCCCAUGUUGAAGGACUCACACGGGUUGAUCUCAAGAAGGAUAGUCGUUACUCAAACCUCUUACUCAUUAACCGAACUGCAAGCCCUUUGUCAUGGUUUGCUGAGUGCAAGGAUCGAACGAACCGCAGUGCUAUUAUAUUGCCAUAUUCAUUUCUUCCUUCAAUGGCAGCAAAAAAGUUAAGAAUUGCGGCUGACAAGAUUAAAAGUCUCCUCGGUGACUAUGAUGCUAUCCAUGUUCGCCGAGGUGAUAAAAUAAAAACAAGGAAGGAUAGGUAUGGUGUUAAAAGGAGCUUACAUCCUCAUUUGGAUAGGGACACCCGCCCAGAAUUUAUCCUUCGCAGGAUUCAGAAGUGGGUACCAUCUGGUCGAACACUUUUUAUUGCUUCAAAUGAGAGAUCACCUGGAUUUUUUUUGCCCCUUUCUGUCAGGUACAAACUAGCUUAUUCAUCAAAUUAUAGCCAUAUUUUGAAUCCUUUGAUAGAGAACAAUUACCAGUUAUUCAUAAUUGAGAGGCUUGUAUUGAUGGGAGCCAAAACAUUCAUCAAGACUUUCAAGGAAGAUGAUACAGAUCUCAGCCUAACCGAUGACCCAAAGAAGAAUACCAAGUUGUGGCAAAUUCCUGUUUAUACGUUGGAUGGCGAGGAAAGCUAACUUCCCUAUUAUAGUUCAAAAUCAUUCCGUAGGCGAAUUACCUUCAACGUGUAGUGUAUUAUUUUGCGAAUUGAUCUUCCUUUUGGAAACAAUUCGAAUAUUUUGUUGAGUUGCAUUACAGGGUGUUGCAGCUACAUUGCUGAGAAUCAAAGAGUCCUGGGAAAAGGAGGGGGGAUUUGGCAAA